AGCCGUGACAUGUUUAACAUAGCAAACUUACAUGUUUUCUCAGUGUAUGAGGAUUAUCCAAAAGUUUUGUCCUUUCCAAUAAACAGAACCGCUUUUUGUGCUGAGUGAUAUUUUUCACUUGUCUGGCCAAACUCUCUCAUAAAUCAGCUGUGGCUUUGUGAGCCCUUGUAUUCGCUGUGGCUAUUUUAAAAUAUCUGAUGUCCUCCUAUAUUCUGAUAGUUUAUUUUUCCUAAUCAGGUGCUGAUGCUCUGAAAGAGUGGAGAGCAUUACCGGUGUAGAUGUAUCUGCCAUUGUCACAUAGCCUCUCUGUGUCUCACCCUGUAGCAGCACUUGUCUGCCCAUGUCGUUUGUGUUUUAAUGAACAGAUGCUUCACUGAGUUUCAUGGCAUGUAUAAAUUUCCUAAGACCCCAGAUGCUAUUCUCAAACUGCCUAAGAAUAAUAAACCUCUUUCCUCGGUGCAGGAUCUUAGACUUACAGUCUAGCCUUCUAGUUUGCUGAGCCAUUGUGUAGGCAUAAAUCUGGGCCAUGGCUCUAGCUGAAAUAAGGUAUGCUAAUUAUUUAUAACAUCACAUAGCAACCACUCCACAUCCUUAACUAGUAUUUCAUGAGCCAAUCAGAGUAUUUCUUUUAUCCCUUGUUAAGCCUUAGCAUCAGCUCAGGAGAAAAUCAUUUUAGGAGAUUUAACACCAUUUAAAUACUACUUCAGAUUUAUUUUUCAUGAAUUUAUUUUACUGAAAAAGUUUGUAAUGAUAAUGCACAUCUUAUUUGUGGGUUUUGUUAUUUGUCAGGUUUUUAAAAGAGCAAGAGGGCUCCUGCUGCACAUGCUCCCAUUAUUCUAACUUAGAAUUAAAACAACGAGAUGUUUGUAGAGCCCUACUUUAUAAUUUAUUGACCAUGGUUUAAAUCCCGUACAUUAAAUGUAAAUCUUUGAAAUCCAGUAUAAGGAGCUAAGAAUGUAACCUCUGUUCCUGUGUUUGGCAGCCAGACCUUCUUGUCUGUAUGAACCUGGCUGAAGAAAAUAUCAAGCCUUAGUCUAUGCUGCGUUUAGUAAGGACUCUUUUUUUUUCUCUCCAAUUUUGUCCACGUAUUUAUUAAACUCAUUUUAAGGUGUUCAAAAUUUCAGUGUAAAAAAUACAUGUGUAUUGGAAUAGGUUGCUUUUGAAGUGAAGAGUUUUCUGAAAGCUGGCAAAUUCCUCUGAUGUUCACCUUCAUAACUGUUCAUUCUUUAAAUAUGUGAAAUGUAUGUGUAGCACUUAAAAUAAGUGUCUUACAUUAACUGAGUUCACUCUAGGUCAGCGUUCUUUGUGAGCAGCAAACAAGACAUAAUCUUCUGUCUGGAAGCUCAGUGGAUGGCAUAGUAGACUCUCUUGAGAUGCAGAAAAUGUACAUGUCUGAUGAUUCAGUGUCCAGACAGUUUCUGCUUUUGAAUUAUUAAACCACUACAUAAUCUUAAAUAACAGCACUGCUGUCAUGCAGUAUUUUAUAUGCUAGAGUGUUUAAACUAACCUAAAAAGGAGGGUUUUUUCCUAUUGUUCCUAUUUAAUGGAGGAAGAGAGACCAUAAGGACACUUCUGAAUGUGGUGGGGUAGGUUACAUAUAGAUACGAUAUGGGCAGGCUGCUGUAAAGAGAAAAGUCUUGAGAAAGCCAGGAAAUCUGUAUUUAAAAUAGCAACAACAGGAGCCAGAGUAGUGUGGUUGCUCCUGUCCACCAUGCAGGAAAGCCUAGCUGGAGUUUGGGUCUGUUUCUCCUUUUGUAAGUACCUGGAAGAGAUCUGAACAAAAUGCAGAGCUAGCAUUAGCUGGCAGUGCUGAGCUCCAAAGAUCUGUGUCUGCCAUCGUCUCUGCUGGCUUAGUGAACCACAGGGAUGUACUGUAUGCUGGGAGUGAUAAAAGUGGUAGUCUCCAACUCCAGAGAGAAGGCAACUGACGCGAUUAACUUUACAGCAUCAUUUACUGCCCAGGCAUGCUAAUUUUUUUAUUUCUUGCUGUCUAUCUGCACAUUCUCUAUUCACAGAACUUAGUCAAUUAAUGUAACUACUGUGCAUCCAGUGUUUGGAAACUCAUUUACCCAACACAUUGUAGCCAUUAUGGUUUACUGGUUGAAAAAUACAUUGUGUUUUUUUCACCAUGUAUUUGCAGUGCAUUUUUGCCUAAGUUAGUGUAAAACAGCAGAAGAUCCAUUUCAAUCUUUUUCCCUAACUUCUCUGUAAACUCCCAGGAGAAUGUUUUCCUCUCCCUUAUUUUUGUUCCAAAGUUUUUGAAACAGUAUGUUAAAAAAACUCUUUAAGUAAAACAAGGAUGAAGAACCAAGUUCUCGCAGACAAAGGUGGGUAUGUGUAAGCUCCUGGAAAAUGCAAUGGAUUGGUCAGAUUGUUUAAAUAGAGGCAGGGAGAGAGAUUGGCUGCUGCUCAGCAAGCGCAUCUCAGUUGGACCGAGAUUGGAUCCUGCAGUGCAUUUUCAGCACAGGAUGGAGAAGCACACGAGCUUGGGUUCGGGGUCAUCCACUUCUUGUGGUGAUGCAUGAUGCAAGGCAUAAUGUGAAAGGGUCGGUUUUACCCAAGCAGACACAGCAGCUCCACCUCAGGAAAUAAGAGGUUAGAUGAUGACUGCUGGUUGUUAUGGGAAUUGAAAUCACUCUUCCCGUUCCUGUGCUUUACUGAAAGCUCAUGUGGGGGGCAGCCUGCUCUCCAGUUGCCAGUGCCUCACAAUCCAGAGGAAGCUCAGCAUACUGUUUCCUUCAAUCCAGAGAGAUUCAGGACUCUGAGGUGGGGAGGGGUAGCCCUUUUUCCCCCUGGCUCUCUGGAUUUCAGCUUUUCCCAUCUGUUGCUAUUUCUGGCAUGUUUUCUUAUCCUGCAGUUCUGGGGUCUUUGUUACUCUCUUUAGGAUUAUCACAUAAAUUGUGGACACUUGUGUGAAAAGGGGAGAAAAUGCAUGUUCCUGAUUCUCCAUUUCAUUUGCAUAUUCUUUCAAUUUUCAGUCUCAUUUAAUCUCUCAAAUUAUAGCCUUUCUUUACCUCUUUUACUUCCUGUGUCUGGAUUGGCCCCAAUCUUUUACCUCUGUGGAUGGUGCAUGAAAUAUAUUUACUGCUCCCUUCUCCCUGGCACCUUCUCUGUUAUAGCUGCUUUCACUCAUGUGUUCAUGUUAUUCCUAACACUUUGCUGCUUCCAUUGUAAGGUUUUUAGUUACAGAUAUUACUUGAUGUAUGGUCAUGUCUCUAAAUUCAAACAACAUUCAAAGCCAGACAUAAGAAUACUUACUAUGUUGUCUGCAACCCAGUAGCAAGGAAGAGGGUGAGUUAAGGAAUUAGUACAACUUACCUAUUUCUUAUCACUAAUCUUUUGAUGGGGUGUUGGUCAUAGUGCCAGAGCCCUUGUUGUCAUCCUCAUGUUUGUUAGCACAAGGAGAUCAGUGAGCUUACAGGCUCCAGCCUUUGACAUGUGAGAGGAGAGUUGGUGACCAGACACUAUGUGCUACUGAAGGAGUUCCAACACCCAGUCCAGAAAUCCUUCGACAUACCUUGAAUAUGCUUGUGCGGGAGAGGAAAAUAUACCCAACUCCGGAUGGUUAUUUCAUUGUAACCCCACAGACUUACUUUAUAACACCAUCUCUCAUAAGAACUAACAGUAAAUGGUACCAUUUGGAUGAGAGGAUACCUGACAGGUCUCAAUGUACCUCUCCGCAACAAGGAACUAUAACUCCCUCCACCUCGGGAUGCGUCAGGGACCGAACACUACCCAAAAACCACUGCGACUCCUGCCAUUGUUGCAGAGAAGACAUGCACAGCAUGCAUGCAUCUACCCUACAGAGGAAAUCAGCAAAAGACUGUAAAGAGUCAUACUGUCCUCCUUCAUUAUGUCAGGUCCCACCUACUGAGAAAAGUAAAAGUACUGUCAAUUUUUCUUAUAAAGCAGAGACACUCACAAAGCCUAAGGAUGUAGAAAAGCAGUCUAAGAAAUUUGGACUCAAAUUAUUCCGAUUAAGUUUUAAGAAGGACAAGACAAAACAGUUGGCAAAUUUCUCUGCCCAGUUUCCUCCAGAGGAGUGGCCGCUAAGGGAUGAGGACACCCCUACCACUAUACCUAGAGAGGUAGAAAUGGAGAUUAUCAGGCGCAUUAACCCAGACUUGACUGUGGAAAAUGUCAUGAGGCACACUGCACUAAUGAAGAAACUUGAAGAAGAAAAAGCUCAACGAAGCAAAGCAGGAUCUUCAGCUCACCACAGUGGACGAAGUAAAAAGAGCAGGAAUCACAGAAAGUCUCAUGGGAAAUCGAGGUCACACAGCAAGACUCGGGUGUCCAAAGGAGACCCAUCAGAUGGCUCUCAUUUGGAUAUACCUGCUGAAAGGGAGUAUGAAUUCUAUGAUCCCUUGACUCGAUCCCCACGGGAAGGCUGUUUUAUAAUAGAACACAAGGGAGAUAAUUUUAUAAUGCACAGCAAUCCUAACAUGAUUGAAUCUCACUUUCCCAUGACACCAGAGUGGGAUGUGUCUGGUGAGCUGGCUAAAAGAAGAACCGAAAUGCCUUUCCCUGAACCUUCCAGGGGAAGCUCCCACUCCAAGGUCCAUCGGAGCCACAGCCAUACACAGGAUAGAAGAUCAAGGAACGAGCGUUCCAGUAAGGCUAAAGAAAGGUCUAGAUCCAUGGAUAACUCCAAGGGACCUCUGGGCUCAGCUACUUUAGGCACACCGGAAGAUAUAGGUGAAGGCUGUAGCCCAGAUGACCAAACAACCAGCCAAACUUACAUUGAUGAUAGUACCCUAAGGCCAUCUCAGUCGCUCAGUCAUCAAAGGGCUCUGAUUUCAUCUGCAAGCUACAAAGAGACUUGCAUCCCUGAAAUAGCUAGUGGCAGUGUAGAAACCCCUAGUUCUUGUAGCCUAUUGGAACAAAGCAAACCUACAGAGAAUUUGCCAUCGUAUAGCGAGCUCAACUCCUGCACAACAAAAUCUGCAGUUGAUGACUAUUUUCAGUGCAACACAUCCAGUGAGACUGUUCUUACUGCUCCAUCACCACUGGGAAAGAAUAAAGAGGAUCAUGACACACUGACAGGGACAGAUGGGCUCAAAAAAAUGACUCCCGCAGAAAGACAGUCUCAGCAUAUUGCUAGGGAGCCUGGGGUGCACAAGGAAGAGUCCCCAAAGGGCCCAAGCAGUGGUUCAGCAGUUGCUGGCCAAACUCCAGAGGUGAUCGCAAAUGGGCGGCUGAUUCAACACCAUAGCGCUGAAUCCAGUAGCCUUGAUAAAAGGAAAGAAAUAUUUAGCAAGGAUACACUCUUUAAGCCUCUGCACAACACUCUUUCUGUGAAUAGUUAUCAUAAGUCUAGCACACCCCUGCUAAAGCCCCAUCAAAAGACCCCCUCUGACACAUUGCCAGUCAGAUGUGAGAAACUUGAACAAGCGAUAGUAACCUCAGUCACACAAGUCAUGCCCGUUUCACAGAGACAGCAAGAGACAACUGGGAACCAGGAGGCCUCCUUUGACUACUACAACGUAUCUGAUGACGAUGACUCAGAGGAGGGAACCAACAAAAAUGCUGAGGAAGAAAAGAACAGGGAUGAUGUCGGCACGAUGCAGUGGCUCCUAGAGAGAGAAAAGGAGAGGGAUCUGCAGCGAAAGUUUGAGAAGAACCUUACUCUUCUCACCCCGAAGGAAACAGAAAAUAGCAACAACCAGAGAGCCACCCACUCAGCCCGCCUGGACAGCAUGGACAGCAGCAGCAUUACUGUGGACAGCGGGUUCAACUCUCCACGUACUCGUGAGAGCCUGGCAUCCAACACUUCAAGUAUUGUUGAAAGCAACAGACGUCAGAACCCCGCUCUGAGCCCUGCACAUGGCGGCGCAGGCCCAACGUUCAACUUCCGAGCCACUGCAGACCCGCCACCAAGUGAAGCUGAGAAACUGCAGAAACCUGCUAACUGCUUGCAAGCUUCUGUCACUAGUGUCUGAUAGUCAUCCUGCCUCAAAUCUUCUGUCUCAUCCUGUACAGCAAAGUUUACGACACUGGGACUGAUGUUUACAUCUUUGGGGAAAAAUAAAAAAAGCAUCUCAACCACAGUUUUAGUGUUUACUUAAACUGUGCUGCUACAUAGACUAGGGGCAACAAAGAAAUCUUUAUUUCAAGGUAUUGCUUUUCACAUUUGCGGCUCUGUAGCAACAGAAUAGCAGUAGGGAUAAUAUGUACACUUUUUGCUUCACUUAAUUGUAACUGAGCACAUAUAUGAAAGUCUAGACACUGUAAGUGUAAUCUGCAUUUUCAAUGUCCAUGCAGUUGCCAACUUCAUUUUAAAAAAAUGCCACAGAUGUGUGAUGCCCCGGGUCAGAGGCUAAACUCUGCUGCAGAGUUGAUCAUUUUUUACUUCAAAAACUGAGCCACUGCUGAAAGUAACCAGCCAGGAUCACCAUGAGGAAAAAAAAUGCCAAACAUGACAAGUGAUGACCUCAGCUCUAUCUGUGAAUUAUUGAUACUAAUCAGUCAUUUUCACUGUGCGUUUUUGUGACACAAUUUUGCAAUUACCCGUUUAAGCGAGUAAAAAGAGGUUUGGGUUUUGUUUUGGUUGGGUUUUUUUUUAAAUAUGGAGGGUGGGAAGGGAGAUGGCUUCUCCUUUUGUGUUUCAAGAGUAUGAGAGAUGUUUACUUACUGAGACUUGAUACUUGACCUUCCAUAGUCACAAAUGAGGAGGUGGGCCUUUGCAUAGAGGAGGGAAUGGGGAAGGAAAGGAAGGGAAAGUUAUAAACGUCAUGGAGCCACAGUGUGGAGUGACACAAAAUAUAACAAAUGUCUUCAGUAUAAAUCAAGUUAUUUAAAAAAGAUUAUCUAAUUCUUGUGUCACUUCUGGUAUUGCAACUUGCCAUUAAUAUAGGAAUCAGAAUAACUAAUUUCUUGGAACAAAAAUAUUCUUUAUGAUAUAAAUGACAAGUAUGGCCUGAAGAAUUGAUUUCUUUCUAGUGGAAGGACAUAAAUCUAUUUUAUGUAGCAUAUUAAAUAGAGUGCCUAAAUUAGGCUAUUAAAAAUAGCAUACAUUUUAGUGAUUAUCAGAGAACAAAAUUUAGAGAAUUAUAAACUUCUGGCCUUUUUAUUCAGUGGAUGUUAUUUGCAAUUUAGCAUUUUAUGGACAUGUCUAGUUUCUAGAAAUUAAAUAUGUCCACAUGGUUGGCAGUAGAAAUCUGGAUUCUGUAGGUAUGGUAUAUCCUAAUUGUUCUCCCCUAAACUGUUACUCCAAAAGUAAUUUUUAGGUGCAGGGUCACGUUCUGCUCUGUUACUCAUGCAACCUGGUAGCGCAACAAAUUGACUUCAAAUUUAACCCUCUUUUUUUUUUUUUUUCUAUCAGAACGGAAUUGGUGGAAGAAUAACAAAGAUGCUAAAAUGUUCAGCAGCCCAAAUUGUUGCCUAGAAAAGGGACAUUUACAUUGUCUAGCUCUUGUAGUACACAGGUAUGAAACCCAACUGUACAUAUUAAAAAACAGUAUCUUCAUCAAGUUCUGGCGACAUGUAUUACUCUGUACGCAAAGUCAUUUGAGCUUCACUCAUGUUCUAUAUUGUCAUCAGAAGUCUUUACUGACGAUUCAGCCUUAUGUUACACAGUUGGAUAUAGUUAAUUUACUUAUAAAACGGCUUUCUAACUCUGGAUGCAGUCGGUUUCCAGUUCUGUCAAGGACACCCGGUCAAUGCACAGGUCUGUUUUCCUUGGUUUCAGUGUGUAAUUUCCAUUUCAUAGGAGCAAUAAGACCUUUCAGUGCACAUAAAGGAAAUUAUUGUGCUUUUGGUUGGUUAUCAGAGUCACUUGGCCUUUAGCCUUCUGCCUUAUCAUACCUUCCAAGAUGUGCUCUAAUUACCAUAUAAUGCUUUGCAUGAUGCAUCUUAUUAUUCAAUAUGUAACUCCAGCCGUACUUAUUCCAUGCAAACUGUAGAGUCAGAGUUUUUGUGGGGAAUUGUCAUAUACUAUGCAGUGGCUGACUGAUUUUGUUUCUGAGACGAGCUCUGACAUCAGUAGUAUGUAUUGGUUCAGUAAAUAAAUAUGUCGAAACAAUAGAAAAAUAUACAGUGAUGAUCUGAAGUACUAAUGGCAGUAUUAAAAUGUGAACAGCAAAAACAGAUUUCACCUCUGGGGGAAAUAUUUGUUUGUCAUAAACUAAUCAGAAUUUAUGCAGGCAGCUGGUUGUACAGAAGACAUAACUCCAACGAAAUACGAUAAUACAUACCUGUAAACUGUAUAGUAUGUUAUCUCCUAAAGUUCCCAGAAACCAGCAGACAACAUAAAUGUCAUAUUAAUGUUGACAUGGCAUUGUACGAAUAUUAAUGUGACUCUUGGAAUAUGGAAUGUAAACAGAAGUUUCAAAUAGAAACGUUCUAAUCUUGAAUUCUCUUUUUUUUCUCUCUCUCUCCUUUUAAAAUCAACAAUGGAAUAUAAGGAAAUUCCAUCUUGAGGUUCUGGUAACAAAACCACGAGAGUGGAGCUUGAGUGCUUUAUGUCACCCUAAUCCUUUGAUGAAAUCAUAGCCUUGUAUUACAUGGUUGCUUAUCUAUCAUUCUUCUUCUAAUGUAUCAAUUUAAAGGUUUACAGAGUUAGAUUAGGUUGAAUCUGUGUUGUGUUCAACUGUAAAGGGUCAACACAAAUCUGUCGGCAUUUUGCACACUUAAUAUGUAUUAUUAUAAUACAACAUGUUGAUUUUAUGGUAAUUUUUUUUACACAUAUAACUACCUCCAUGAAUUUGAUGAAAUGCAGCAACAUGAAAAGUGUAUUGUACAAAGCAAGGUUAAAAAUUUUGAAGCAUUAGGUCAUGGCGUUCUCUUGUGUCAAUGCUUGCAUAUGAAGUCAUCGUGUUUCCAUUGCCACAAUUUCCUUCUACAAUAUUAAAAAUCUGGCUUUCAGAUGAGUCACUUAAAGACUUUGACAAGGCUGCAUAAUUGGGAUAAGAGUGAAAGGGAGGCUGAAACCUUCCAUCCUCUCCCCAGUUACUGCUAAAAUCUCUGCCUGGUAGAACUUGAAAAUGUAUUUGCAAUUUAGCAAAUUAGGAACAUCUACAGUCUGUGAAAUAUGAUUGACAGUUUGGGGUUUAACAGAAGACACUCUGGGUAUUUUCUUGGCAGCCUUCAAAUACUUCGGGCCCUAUUCUGCCUCCAUCUUUGUCAACAUAUCAGGUCAUAGUUUCUCUGAGCUGGCAAGGGUGUUAAAACAGCUCUUCCUUUAACAAUACGCACUCUGUUCUCUAGAUUGUGUGCAUCUGAAACACUUGCUCCUAUAGAAAUUACCAACAGCCUUUAAUUGACUUGGCUGGGAGCAGUAUUAGGGUCCCUACUCGAGGUAUGCGCCUAUUGUUCAAAGAACGUGGGCGAGUUUCCAAGAAAAACGAAGCUGGCUUUUGAAAAGUAGCCAGCUGCAGCAAGCCACCUUUCAAGAGGGAAGAAGGAUUUUUCCAAAAACCAAAGGAAGAAAGUGGCAGUUGAACCUAAGCAGAUCACAUUUAUAUACGAGUCCUGAUUUACGAACACCUCUUUCAGCAAACCUAGUACCGUUAUCCUGAUGUAAAUUAAUAUACAAUCAUCAGUUGAGCUAAUUUUGCCAGUUUAAGUAUUUCUGUUAAAAAUCAUAAGAAAUCGUUUGCCCUUUGACUCUCUGCACCACUGUAAAAUGUCCGUAAUACGCAAAACAAUAUUCACUCAACUUUAAAAAGUAAGAUGUGUUGGAAAACAAAUAUUUUAAUGAAAACCAUGGCCUAACUGCUUGCCAGCAGUAGUUGGUUUUAGAAAGGAGAACAAGCAAACCAGUAUUCAUUCAGAGGCCAUCGUAAAAACAGAUAACAAACACUGCACUUAAAUCACGUGUUUUUGCCUGAGGGCCUUGAAGCACUGGUACUAACUGAGCCUCCGAGUCUGUGAAGUAGGCAGAGUUCACUGACCCUCUUUUACAUCCAGGCACAGUGAAAAAAAAAUAACAAAGGCUAAGAGUCUGCGGGCUAAUUUAUUAACCAGUUUCUUUCUUAAAGUCAUUGGAAUAAGUUUAAUAGUUAACCAAAGUGUUUCAUGUUUCUACUCUGAAAUUAUUCUUUUGAUGCAUUCAGUUUGUUUAAGCAAGAGAGAAACUCCUUUGCAGUCCUGCAGAGACUUGGAUUAGCAGUGCCAAAAACAAUCAGUUUUCAGUCAUAGGAGUACUGACAGCGGUGGUUUUAGAAACAGUUAUUUUAAUUAAAAAUUUGUUUUUCAAAUACAUUUCGCAGAGCUUUUUCCAGCACAGUUGUUGUUCAGAUUGCUGGGCUGAGAAAGCAAAUAGCACUCUUAAUCUGGUGUCACACCCACAGUUUACAAUUCUCUUUGCUCUUCUGAAGAAAACUGUACAGUAUUAGAGAGAAAUGUUCUAUUUUUUACGAAAUUCUUUUAAAAAAGAAAAGGUAUAUAUCUAAAAUGUUCCCCCCAGCAUAAGUAAAGUGCAUCGUUGCUGCAUGAGAAGCAUGCGGCAGACCCACCGAAAGCCAAGCUGGUGCUAGAAGAAAACGGGACUACCGCGCUGCUUUCAUAGCGGCGCUCUAAACGUUGGUUUCAGUUACGCGGGUGUAAAUCUGGCGUAACUCCCCUGACCUCCCACGGAUCCGGCGGAGAUGGGAAUGGGUCGUUAACUCCAUUGAAGCUCAGUUCUGAGCUGAGGGUUUCCGUGUUCCUUCCCCCACCACCCCCCAAGACACUAAAUGCAGAGAAGGAGCAGGAGGCCACGCGCACGCACCUGGCUCUGGAAGGGCAGCCGGGGUUGAAUCCCCGGUGACACGCACAGCCGCCCAGCCGGGACGUGUGACAGCCGCCACGCGUUUCGCGCCUCGGAAGGGUGAUUUUCCGUGCGGUGCGCUGCCCUCGUGUAGUAUAGCACGUGUUAGAGCCACCCAAAGGAUACCCACCCACCCAGCAGUAUGAAAGGGCCCUUGGAGUAAUUGGCACAGAUGUUACUUUUAUAUGUGGAGGAGACUUUAAGUUUAAAGGGAUCAUAAUUCUGCAGGUAAUUUUCUGUGAGUGACUGAAUGUGGCUGUUGCAUUAGGUUUAAAUGAGUUAAUAAAUGCAAGUGGGACUUACUGUAUGUUAGAAGGGAGUUUUGCAGCCAAGACUGCCUUGUAUAAAUGUGUUUGCACUGAAAAAAAAAUUUAAAAAUUACUUGGUCUCUGGUUGCUGUAAAGGUCAUCCAAGAUGGAUGUUCUGUUUAUAUUGUAUAGUAUUUCAUAUGAAAUAAUUACAGUUCAUGAAAUGUCUUCCCUAACGUUACUGAUUUAUAACAGCACAUUUGUAACAUGGUUUUUAUUGUGUCAGUGUACCAUAUUGUAAAUGAUGAUUACUUGUCAUGCUUAGUAUAAUAAUUUAAAGGAAAAAAAAAAAGGACAGGGAUUUUUGUAAGUCUAUAUUUGAAAGUCCCUCCAUAUGGUAAUAUUGUGUUCAUGUUGUUUAUGUAGUGUUGUGUGAAAUAUCCAUUUUGGAUUGUGUUACUUUUUAAGAUAUUAAAUAACAUUUGGUUAUAUGUUUUAAGUGGA